AGCUGUCAAGUGCCCAGCGCUGGCCACCCCGGGCAGGGGCCAGUUAAACUGCACUCACUGGCAUGGAGACUUCACGUAUAACUCCACCUGCACCUUCUCCUGCGAGAUGGGAUUUGUGCGGAAUGGAUCGGAGACACUGGCGUGCACAGCCCUGGGACAAUGGACAGUGCGUCCCCCACUCUGUGAAGCUGUCAAGUGCCCAGUGCUGGAUUCCCCGGGCAGGGGCCGAUUAAACUGUACUCAUUGGCAUGGAGACUUCACGUAUAACUCCACCUGUGCCUUUUCCUGUGAGACGGGGUUUGUGUGGAAUGGAUCGGAGACACUGGAGUGUACGGCCCUGGGACAAUGGACAGGGCAUCCCCCGCGCUGUGAAGCUGUCAAGUGCCCAGUGCUGGCUGCUUCGGAAAGGGGCAGAUUAAACUGCACUCACUGGCAUGGAGACUUCACGUAUAACUCCACCUGCGCCUUCUCCUGCGAGACGGGGUUUGUGCGGAAUGGAUCGGAGACAGUGGAGUGCACGGCCCUGGGACAAUGGACAGGGCAUUCCCCACGCUGUGAAGCUGUCAAGUGCCCAGUGCUGGAUUCUCCGGGCAGGGGCGGAUUAAACUGCACUCACUGGCAUGGAGACUUCACAUAUAACUCCACCUGUGCCUUCUCCUGUGAGAUGGGUUUUGUGCGGAAUGGAUCGGAGAAGCUGGAGUGUACGGCCCUGGGACAAUGGACAGGGCGUCCCCCACGCUGUGAAGCUGUUGCGUGCCCAGGUUUGGCUGCCCCUGGCAGAGGCCGAUUAAACUGCACUCACUGGCAUGGAGACUUCACGUAUAACUCCACCUGCGCCUUCUCCUGCGAGAUGGGGUUUGUGCGGAAUGGAUUGGAGAGAGUGGAGUGCAUGGCCCUGGGACAAUGGACAGGGCAUCCCCCGCGCUGUGAAGGUAGAGGCACAGCAUUAACUGUGGGGUGUGUGGAAUGUACAUUGCUGAGCUGGUGUGAGCCCAGGUGACUUUCCAUAGGGGAC